CGAAGCGGAAGCGAGGUUAGUCUCGCGCGGCCAUCGCCAGCGCGUGAGGAGUUCUGUUCCUGGUCGCGCGCCCGUAGACAGCGGCAGGAGCGCAGUAGGGGCCGUUUGAGGGAACAUGAAGCAUUAUGAGGUGGAGAUUCUGGAUGCGAAGACGCGGGAGAAGCUCUGCUUCCUGGACAAGGUGGAGCCCCAUGCCACCAUUGCCGAGAUCAAGAACCUCUUCACCAAGACCCAUCCACAGUGGUACCCUGCCCGCCAGUCCCUUCGCCUGGACCCCAAGGGCAAGUCCCUGAAGGAUGAGGAUGUUCUGCAGAAGCUGCCCGUGGGCACCACGGCCACAUUCUACUUCCGGGACCUGGGGGCCCAGAUCAGCUGGGUGACGGUCUUCCUGACUGAGUACGCAGGGCCCCUCUUCAUCUACCUGCUCUUCUACUUCCGGGUGCCCUUCAUCUAUGGCCACAAAUACGACUUCACGUCCAGCCGGCACACGGUGGUGCACCUCGCCUGCAUCUGCCACUCAUUCCAUUACGUCAAGCGUCUGCUGGAGACGCUCUUCGUGCACCGCUUCUCCCACGGCACCAUGCCCUUGCGCAACAUCUUCAAGAACUGCACCUACUACUGGGGCUUCGCCGCGUGGAUGGCCUAUUACAUCAACCACCCUCUCUAUACGCCCCCCACCUACGGAGCUCAGCAGGUUAAACUGGCGCUCGCCAUCUUCGUGAUCUGCCAGCUUGGCAACUUCUCCAUCCACAUGGCCCUGCGGGACCUGCGGCCAGCUGGGUCCAAGACCAGGAAGAUCCCAUACCCCACCAAGAACCCCUUCACCUGGCUCUUCCUGCUGGUGUCCUGCCCCAACUAUACCUACGAGGUGGGGUCCUGGAUUGGCUUUGCCAUCAUGACACAGUGUCUCCCAGUGGCCCUCUUCUCCCUGGUGGGCUUCACUCAGAUGACCAUCUGGGCCAAGGGCAAGCACCGCAGCUACCUGAAGGAGUUCCGAGACUACCCCCCACUGCGCAUGCCCAUCAUCCCCUUCCUGCUCUGAGCUGCUGCCCACUUCCCAGGGUCUGCCAAGCCAGGCUCUCAUCCCUCUGCCCCAGCGUCAUUCUGGGGGAGGAGCGGGGACUACCACUCUCCAGCUCUUGGAAUAAAACCUGCUUGUCCCUGCCA